AGCGAGAACAUGACCAACAAGUGGCAUGUGUACAUGACAAAAGACGGGAGGAUAUCGUUGGCUGGAUUAUCUGCUGCCAAAUGUGAAUAUCUUGCAGAUGCCAUAAUUGACUCAUACUACAAUGUCAGCUAAAAAUCUUGGAUAUGAGAAUAGUAGUUCAUAGUAAUAUCUGGAGGAAAUUCAAUGUAGUUCAUUCCUUAUUUUGAGCAAGUUAUCCUCAAAUAUUGUAAUAAUAAUAGUUUUUGAUUUGUCUGCGGUUCACAGAUUUCAUCUGUAUGUAGCAAAUUUUGGGACAACUUCUAAACAGCCAGAUUCUGUAGUUAUUAUGUAAGAAAGUUUUCCAGAGCGAAAUACUCGAGUAGACAUCUUAGUCUAGCUAA